GAGGGGGAGCCCCGCGAUCCUAGCCCCGGCAACUGGGAGUUCCGACCCAGCCCCUGCGGUCGCUAGCACCAGUUUGGGCUUCAGCGGAUUAGGAGGAGGGAGAGGACCCGAGCCCUAGGGUCCGAAGCCCAGUGCCUUUCGAACCUGCACAAAGUUUCCCUGUGGGACACGAACACGCGAUCGUGGACCACGGUUCCCGCAGCUCCUGCCCCAGACCAGCGACCGCAUCCCUCUACAAGCCAGGGGUACUGAGUAUUACUGAGCUGAGCAGUUGGAAGGCUCUACAUCAUGAACCGUGCUUUCAGCAGGAAGAAAGACAAAACAUGGAUGCAUACACCUGAAGCUUUAUCAAAACAUUACAUUCCCUAUAAUGCAAAGUUUCUUGGCAGUACUGAAGUGGAGCAGCCGAAGGGAACAGAAGUUGUUAGAGAUGCUGUGAGGAAGCUGAAGUUUGCAAGACACAUCAAAAAAUCUGAAGGCCAGAAGAUUCCUAAAGUUGAACUGCAAGUAUCAAUUUAUGGAGUAAAAAUUCUCGAACCCAAGACAAAGGAAGUUCAACACAACUGCCAGCUCCAUAGAAUAUCAUUUUGUGCAGAUGAUAAAACUGACAAGAGGAUAUUCACUUUCAUAUGCAAAGAUUCCGAGUCGAAUAAACAUUUGUGUUUUGUGUUUGACAGCGAAAAGUGUGCUGAAGAAAUUACAUUAACAAUUGGCCAAGCAUUUGACUUGGCAUACAGGAAGUUUCUAGAAUCCGGAGGAAAAGAUGUGGAAACAAGAAAACAGAUUGCUGGAAUGCAGAAAAGAAUCCAAGACUUAGAAACAGAAAAUAUGGAACUUAAAAAUAAAGUACAAGAUUUAGAAAACCAGUUGAGAACAACUCAAGUGUCCUCAUCUCCAGCUGAUGGUGGGUCAGUGAUGUCUCCUUCCACUGACAUCUUUGACAUGAUUCCAUUUUCCCCAACAUCACACCAGUCUCCAACAUCUGCUCGCAAUGGCACACAGCUGCCACCCAUACCUAGCAGAUCUACAGAGAUCAAACGGGACCUUUUUGGAGCUGAACCUUUUGACCCAUUUAACUGUGGAUCAGGGGAUUUCCCUCCUGAUAUUCAAUCCAAAUUAGAUGAGAUGCAGGAGGGGUUCAAAAUGGGACUAACUCUUGAAGGAACAGUGUUUUGUCUCGAUCCAUUAAGACAGCAGGUGCUGACGUCAUGAAUGAAUGAUCCUGACAUGCUUAUUUCGUUUAUUUACAUAUAUAUCAUUCAUUAUUUUAAGACAGCUAUUAUACUUGUGCCAAUAUAUUUUUGAAUAUCUAAAUGUUUUUAGAUCUGUUGAAGGAACAUUCUCCUCACUUUCACUGUUGAUUUAUCUUUUAUAUUAAACAGAAAUUAGUAUAAUGUAUAUUGGACUUUUAUGUUCCCGUCUAUGUUAUGGGUGAAUUUAAAAUAAAAAAACAGACUUUUUAAAUGUCUACCUUGUCUGAAUUUUAAACUUUCAUUUCCUUGACAUUUAUGCUCAUUCUCCAGGACAUUAGUUCAUUAUCCUUGUCCCAAAAAGCCAUACAGUGAUAUCUUCCAAAUAUCUGCAGAGCCAGGCCAAUAUACAUCCUCUAUUAGCUUUGUGAAUAAACAGUUUACCUCAUUAUGAAAAUCUAAAGUUUAUCUAUUAUGCUACCAGCUUACUAAAUUCUAUCUGGUAAAAUAAGAAUAUAGGUUUUAGUGGCAAUCACAUAAAAUAUAUUUAGAAUAGUAGUAAAUAUGAAAUAAUAGUAUCAAUCGUUUAAGUUAUACUCUAAAAAUGUUUAAUUUGUCUCAAAAGUCACAAUUAAGAAAAAAUUUGCUUCCUUGGAAAACUUAAAAUUUCAUUUCUAAUGUAAUGUCAUAUUAGCAUCUUCUCUAGUAUUUUCAGAAAUGAAUUUUUUGCUUUCUACAGAUGUGAUGCCUAUUGCCCGUUUUUUAAGUUGCCAAUAUUCUGCAGUUAUCAUGUGACAUAAUAUUUCUCUCACCAAUCUUAUGCAUCAAUGCCAAAUUAGUUUUCAUCCUUUAAAAUUUUGAUGGGGUAUUUUAUUGAAAUUUAAGACAAUUUAACAAUUUUAAUUUUCAUUUGCUUCCAUUUAAAUUUUAUUUCAAUGAAAGUCAGAAUUUCAUUUUUCACAAAAAUAAAAUCUCAUCAGUAUUAUAGUGAAUAUGAGCAAUAAAACUCUGCAGCACUCACUCUGAUGUACUAAUGACCCUACCCUUGGGAAAUACAUGCUGCCACAAUAUUUGCCCAUGAUAUAAAAACUACCAGUGCAGAAAAUGAAAUUAUUGUCGAAAGUUCUAAUGUGGUUUAUCAUAAUAAAAGGAAAAUAAAGUAAUGACAUCUAGGUUUAGUCUGUGGAAAUUUUAUCAAAACGAAUUAGAUAUGUUACUCCUAGAACUUUAUGGAAAUAUUAAAUGUACAUUUUCUUUAGGAGCAGAACAGAAAUCAAUGUGCUUAUGCAGUUUUAGGUUUGAAUGAUUAUGUUCUAUGGCAUACAUUAGUCUUCCUUCUUAUGUGCUAUUAUACCUGCUGAGUAGCAGAUACUGUGUCUUUCAUCAGGAAGUCUUUGUAGUUCUUGAUUCUCAGCUAGUAUUUUGGAAUUUGUAUAAUGAGGAUGUUUAGAAUCCAUCUAUAUGGCUUUUUUAAAAACAAAUUGUUAUUUUUAUUGUACUUUUAAAAGCUUUAUGCAAUAGGUAUAUAUUUAGCAAACAUUUAGUAUCAAUUGUAACAUAACAGAAUACUAAAAUGACAUUUGCACAUUUAUGAUAUGCUACUUACCAGUUUUUAAUGGUGACCUGUUCUGCUACUGGCAUGAUCAAAUAGUACAUGAAAUUUGUCAUUAAUAACUUUAGCAGUGAUUUUUAUGAAGACAUGAUUGGAAAUUUAAUUUCUAUGUAAACUCAAUGAUAUGUUUGAUUUUGCUGAGAA